AUGGCAGUCGUCUAAAAUUAUCGCUUCGUGUGUCCCUGGCUCUUUCGCUGGAAGAGUGUAGGAGGAAAUAAAUACCUUUCGUUCUUGUUCAGUUUGCACUGUGCAGUGUGCUUCCGAGUUCCGACCCACAUGGUAGAGAAAUGUGUGCGAUCGUCGUCACGCUGUGUGCGUUUUUCACGGUGUUACUGCUCGUGGGGGCAUCCGAAGAUGACAUUAAGCCGUCGGCCAGCAACAAGGUCGUAAAAAUCGUUGCGUUGUUCAACGAGAACGAUGAUUCCGCCCAUCAACUGGCGUAUAACGUGAGCGCAAAAAUCGUUAACAUUAUGGACACUGUUUUGCCUAAAAACAAAAUCGUCCCAAGAUCUGAGUACGUCGUGAACGACAUGUAUAACGUGACACGUGUUGUAUGUGAAUCGUUGAAGCUUGGAAUCGCAGCGUUUAUUGACGGAACAGAUGACGAAGACAUUGCAAAUGUGAUCAGAUCUAUUAGCACCCGUACACAAAUACCAUUCAUCGAAACGCAUUGGAAAACAUUCCACCGACCCCCUGAUCCUUACGCCAUCAAUAUUUAUCCCGAUCCGUCUCUCUUGGCCGAGGCUAUAAGAGAUAUAAUACUGGACAUGGAUUGGGAGUCUUUCACUGCUAUCUACGAAAGUCCAGAAAGUUUGAUUAGACUGAAAUCCCUGUUAAUGCAUUUCGAUUACGGACACAAGGGUCCGGGCAAAUCUAUUAAAAUUAUUCAAAUUCCACCUACAGACGAUUUUCGGCCGUUGUUCAAAGAAUUAAAGUUGUCCGGUGAAAAACACCUUAUAUUGGAUUAUAAAGUAGAACACAUUAUGCGCAUACUGGGACAAGCGGAGGAAGUGCACUUUAUGGGAGAUUACCAGAGCUUCGUUAUCACCAAUUUAGACGCGCACACUUUAAGUUUCAACGAGUUCCAUAAAUCAAUGGCCAACAUAACAUUGAUCCGGUUAAUCGACCCAGAAAGUCAGCAUGUCAAAAACGCAGUUGAGGAAAUCAUAUUCAACGAACAGAAAAGCGGACGGAUUAGUGUUUUAUCUCCGAAUACGAUUAAAACAAAAACCGCGUUGAUGUACGACGCGGUGAACUUUUUCGCAACGUCGCUCCAUGGUUUGGUGGCAACACAAACAAUGGGGCCCACGAGAAUCGCUUGCGAUGAAAUAAAACCGUGGGUGCACGGAUACAGUCUAAUCAACUACAUGCGAGUGAUGGAGUUAGACGGACUGACCGGAAAAAUGAGAUUCAAUUCAGAGACAGGUAACAGGAAUUACUUUAAAGUAGACGUGGUCCGUGUGCAAGAGAGUAAGAAGCAUCGUUUGGGAUCUUGGGAUCCGGUGGAGAGAAUAACGCUGACGAGAUCGGCGUCCGAAAUCUACUCAGAAUUUGCCCAGUCGAUUACGAACAAGACGUUUAUUGUCGUCGGAAAAUUAGUUCAACCAUAUCUGAUGAGAUGCAACGCCACUGAAAAGGGAAUGGACAAAGACGAAGAAUGUUUCGAAGGAUUUGCGUACGACUUGGUCGAGGAAAUGGCCAAAUACAAUGGAUUUAAAUUCAAGUUUACCACCAACCAAGAUUACGGAAUUAUGAAUCACAAGACUGGCAAGUGGAGUGGUAUGAUUGGAGAGUUACAGUCCAUGCGAGCGGAUUUAGCUAUCUGUGACCUCACGAUCACUUUUGACCGGCGGAACGCGGUGGACUUCACGACACCGUUCAUGACGCUGGGCAUAAGCAUACUUUACGCUAAACCUGAGAAGAAGAAACCACAGCUGUUCUGGUUCCUGAACCCGCUGUCAUUCAGCGUCUGGAUGUACACAGCGACCGCAUAUCUGGGUGUGUCUUUGUUCUUGUUCAUGUUGGCCAGAAUGACACCGUUCGAAUGGGAACUCCCACACCCGGUCAAGCCCGGAGACGACACCAUGGAGAAUUCGAUGACGCUGCUCAACUGCCUGUGGUUUUCCAUCGGUUCCGUGCUGUGUGCCGGAUGCGAAGUCUUACCCAAAAUCACACCCAACGAAUGGCACGAUCCACAGCCGUGGAAAGACGGUAACAACGAGCUUGAGACUAGGCUUAAUGUGGCUAAUCUGAUAUGGUUCAGUUGCGGCACCAUGUUGCAACAGGGUUCCGAUGUAUCACCUCAGGCGGUGUCCACGCGUUUAGUGGCAGGGAUGUGGUGGUUUUUCGCGCUGAUCAUGACCUCGUCGUAUACUGCCAAUUUGACAGCGUCCAUUACCAGCGGACGCCUGGACACGCCAAUCAAAAACGUCGAUGACUUGUCGAAAGACUCGAACAUCGAGUACGGCUGUUUCGAGGAUGGAUCGACCGCCAGUUUUUUUCAGAAAUCGAACUUGAGUUUGUACCAGAGGAUGUGGAGCGUGAUGGAAGCGUCUAACCCGACUGUGUUCACGAAGAGCAAUCAGGAGGGCGUUGACCGAGUACUCAAGGGUAAAGGCCGAUAUGCGUUUCUCAUGGAAUCUUCGAGCAUCGAGUACCAGACAGAACGUAACUGCAACCUGAUGGAAAUCGGCAACACCCUCGACUCCAAAGGGUACGGCAUAGCAAUGCCGAUGAAUUCUCCGUAUCGUACUCUGAUCAGUGAAUCGGUGUUGAGAUUACAAGAGUCUGGAUUCAUGCGAGAGCUCAAAGACAAAUGGUGGAAAGUCCAAGGAGACAAUAAAUGCGAGGAAGAAGAUGAAAGCGACGAACUCGGCUUUACGAAAAUUGGUGGCGUUUUCGUGGUACUGGUUCUCGGGUGUUUAAUUGCGUUUAUGUUUUCCAUAUUGGAGUUUUUGUGGAAUAUCCGGAAAGUGGCUAUCGAAGAAGAGAUAACACCAAAAGAAGCGUUGAUUUUAGAAUGGAAAUUCGCAAUGAAGUGUGACGGAGGAGUCAAGCCACUAAGGCGGCGGCAUCAUAUCGAUACCGAAACUAACAACUCUGAUACAAGCUAGAGAUGACUACGAACGACCGACGACGUUUAGUAUACUUGUUGGUAAACUAUUUUUUUUUCCGCCCCGUCCGUGAUAACGA